AUGCCCCACGAAAUCCUUUCCCGCGAGUCCGUCGCUAAGCACAGUAGUCCGGAUGACCUCUGGUGCAUAAUCGACCACAAAGUCUACGACCUUACCGAUUUUGUUGACGCGCAUCCAGGCGGUUCCGUCGUGCUCGAGCAAGUAGCCGGCACUGAUGCCACAAGCGCGUUCUACAACCUUCAUAGGCAGGAGGUGCUGGAGAAGUAUACGGAGCUAUGCAUUGGCACCAUCGAGGGCGAGCAGUCGGAGGUCAUCGUGCAGAAGCCCGGUGAUCUGAGCCCAGUGCCAUAUGCUGAACCACUGUGGCUCAGACCGCAAUUCAAGAGCCCAUACUUCAAGGAGAGCCAUCGGGCUCUGCAGAAGGAGAUACGCAAGUUUGUGGAUAUACACGUUACGCCCGAGGCACAACAGAAGGAGAAGGACGGGACGUACAUUAGCCAGGGGCUCAUCGACAAGAUGGCCGAGAACCACAUGCUGGCUAUGCGUCUGGGUCCUGGAAAACACCUCCAUGGGAAGAGCCUUCUCGGUGUCGUCAAGGGCGAGGAGUUUGACUACCUGCAUGAUCUCGUACAAGCGCAAGAGGGCGUGCGCGCCAAUGCUAGGGGGUUCCAAGACGGGAACAUGGCGGGCAUGACGAUUAGUUUGACUGCCGUCUUGCAAUGGAUGCCAGAGUCGGAGCUGAAGGCAAGAGUGGUCAACGAGGUGCUCACGGGGAAAAAGAAAAUGUGUCUGGCAAUCACAGAGGCGUUUGCUGGCUCCGAUGUUGCGGGCCUUCGAACGACUGCCACGCUGACUCCGGAUGGAAAGCACUAUGUCAUCAGGGGUACGAAGAAGUGGAUCACCAACGGCAUGUGGUGUGACUAUUUUGUUACCGGAUGCAAGACAGACAAGGGCUUUUCCGUCCUGCUGAUUGAGAGAGACGACACGGUCGAGACCAAGUUGAUCAAGACGAGCUACUCGACGACGGCUGGAACAGCGUUUGUAGAGUACAACAACACCAAGGUUCCGGUAGACCACUUACUGGGUCAGGAGCACCAGGGCUUUGCGGUCAUCAUGUCCAACUUCAACCACGAGCGCUUCAUGAUGGCGUGCGCUGUCAUUCGACAGUCUCGAACGGUGGUCGAAGAGUGCCUCAAGUGGUGCAAUCAGCGCAUGGUCUUUGGCAAGAAGCUGAUUGAGCAGCCUGCUAUCCGACAAAAGCUUGCAAAGAUGAUCUCCCUCGUCGAAGCGAACCAAGCUUGGCUAGAGUCGAUUGCGUAUCAAAUGUGCCACAUGUCGUACGCUCAGCAAUCCAAACACUUGGGCGGACCCAUUGGCCUGCUCAAGUCCUACGCUACCCGCUCUGCGCAUGAAAUCGCCGACGAAGCCGUGAAUAUCUUUGGUGGCAGAGGUCUCACGCAGACUGGAAUGGGACGUGUCAUCGAGCAGUUCCACCGUACGUACAAGUUUGACGCCAUCCUGGGUGGCACAGAGGAGAUUCUGGGGGAUUUGGGAGUCAGACAGGCGAUGAAGGGGUUCCCAAAGAGUAUGCUGUAA